UCCAAGCAUGGGAGACAGGUUGUUGCCGGAGCCAACUCGUGCAAAUCCUUCUCCUGCUGUGGCCGCCUGCUCCGAAGCAGAAGCGAUCGAGGUCCUGGAAUCCGAGGAUGGCCUGCCUAUGGCUGCGGAGGACAAUCAUAGGGCUGGAAGGAACCAAAAUCCAUCUACUCCAACCUGCUGCCCAAAGACAAAGCUGCCAAGCCAACAACCCCACACAGAUCAUCCUUUGCUGUCCAGAACGCAGUGUGACUCGAGCAGAGGGCAGAAGCAUGUCAGAAAGCACUGGAAAGCUCUGUUUGAUCAGUUUGACCCUGAAAGCACCGGCUACAUAAGCACUGAGAAAUUUCGAAACCUCCUUCAAAGACAUGGCUCUGAGCUAGAUCCACAUAAACUGGAAGUGCUUUUGGCCUUGGCAGACAACAAUUCUGAUGGGAAAAUCUGCUACCAAGAUUUCGUCAACUUGAUGAGUAACAAAAGGUCCAACAGCUUUCGCCAAGCCAUCCUACAGGGAAACAGGAGGCUGUGCAGCAAGGCCCUGCUGGAGGAGACAGGACUGAACCUUUCCCAGCGGCUGAUUCGCCAUGUUGCGUAUGAGACCUUGCCGCGCGAGAUUGAUCGAAAGUGGUAUUAUGACAGUUACACCUGCUGCCCUCCACCUUGGUUCAUGAUUGUCAUCACCAUUGUGGAGGUUGCCUUCUUUCUUUACAAUGGAGUGGUACUAGAUAGGUUUGUGCUGCAAGUCACCCAUCCCUUAUAUUUGAAGAACUCAUUGUUAUAUCAUCCUCAGCUCCGUGCCCAGGCCUGGAGGUACCUCACCUACAUAUUCAUGCAUGCAGGGAUAGAGCACCUUGGACUCAAUGUUGUUCUUCAGCUUCUGGUUGGAGUCCCCCUUGAAAUGGUACAUGGUGCUGCAAGAAUUGGAUUUGUCUAUGUUGCUGGAGUUAUAGCAGGUUCCUUGGCGGUGUCUAUUGCUGAUAUGACUGCACCUGUUGUGGGCUCAUCUGGAGGGGUGUAUGCCCUCAUAUCUGCCCACCUAGCCAAUAUAGUAAUGAACUGGUCUGGAAUGAAGUGCCAAUUCAAGCUGUUGCGCAUGGCUGUUGCCUUGAUCUGUAUGAGCUUUGAAUUUGGAAGAGCUGUGUGGCUGAGGUUCUACCCAUCUGCUUACCCUCCAUGCCCGCACCCAAGUUUUAUCGCCCACCUUGGCGGAGUGGCUGUUGGCAUCACCCUUGGCGUGGUCAUCCUAAGGAACUAUGAGCAGAGGCUCCAAGACCAGUCCUUGUGGUGGAUCUUUGUCUCCAUGUACAUGGUGUUUGUUCUCUUCGCCGUCUUCUGGAACAUUUUUGCUUAUAGUCUGUUGGACCUGAAACUACCUCCACCUCCUUGAGAGCCUGCGUUGAGGAACUGUCAAGGACAAACGGAUGACUUCCGAUCUGCCAACUCCCCUGGGGGGGGGGGAAUGGAAACUGAGGCUUUAUUUUUGUAUGAAAAUCACAAGUGAACCCCCUUUUUCUGAAAAGGCACAAGUUGAGUGGGUACUGUACUGCACAGCUGGGAUGUGACCAUAUUGCUGAAAAAAAGAGCGCUAAGCAAGGACUGAUCAAUAGAAGCAUGCUUGGAAGACAUUUGGGCAUGAAGAUUUACAGGUAUCACAGGAGUCCAUAAGAGCCAGCCCUUGUACCCCUUGCUCAUGCAAGUAGUUUGGUGCUGUUUUCAUGAGAAAGGGCUGACAAUUCAGCCCUAUGUUUGUGUAACUGAGCACUUACCACCACAUAUUGAUGAAUGUUAAUAGACAUAGUGAAAUUUUGUUUGGGUUGCCUACAUUUUUCCAGGUUAAUCUUCCACUAUACCCAUAAUCAGAUGUAUAAGUAUCUAUCAGGCCAUGGGUGAUAGCUGUUACUUCUUUUAACUGGUGAAAUAUCCUAAAAGGGCACUCAGUCAAGGGUGCUUGGCUUGAUAGGUCAGGCUGUUCUACAGUGCCACUGCUAAUGCACAGUGAAUUUGGAUAGUUCCUCAAGUCUACAAUCUGUUAAGAGGAACAUGUCUUACAUAGAAAGCUUCCAAGGGUUUCAGUGUUUAUGGGUUCACACCUGACCAGUGGUAGAGGCCAAGAAUUUGCACUGAAAGUUUUGAAAGUGCUUUAACCUGGUUGGUAAAUACAGUUGCAUAUUUAACUUGAUUUUCAGUUUGUGGCUAGGUUUUCAUUCUUAAAUAUUUUGCAGACCACUUGAAUAUUUUGCAUUUUUUUUGUGGACAAUCAUGCUAUGUUCCUCUGGCCUCUUGUUUUCUUCCUUUGCCCUACACAUUCUAAAAAUGCAGCAUCUGCUCUCUGGCUGGAAAAGGGUUGCCAGAUGUCUCUUACUUUAAUGAUGUUAUUCCAGAAUGUCGCAGCCCACUCAGCACAAUGGGUGCCUUACCACCACUCUGUAGCACUAUAUAAGACAGAGACCACAACUCUGCAAUUCUCUUGACUUUUGAGAUGUUCUUGAGACCUUGGAAGACAUAUGUGAUCACAUCACUAACAAACAUUUAUACUGGGUUCUUAUUUGUAAAAUGUGAAUGUGGUUCCUUUUGCCUUGUGUGUUUUGAAAGUAGCCAGCCAGGCUAUAAUGCUGCUGUAUAAAUCUUUCAGAUGUACUUUAGGCUGCAAUCCUAUACUCAGUGGGAGUGACUUCUGAAUAGGCAUGCAUAAGAUUGCACUGUUAGUGGGUCAGGGAUGUAUUUGAUAAGGAUACCUCAAGGGAGGGCUUAGUUCUCACUGGAGAAGUGAAAUGGGGGAGGGGAACCUGUGACCCUCCAGACUGUUGUUGGACUCCAGCUCCCAGCAGCCCUGGCCAGCGGUCAGGGAUGAUGGGAGCUGUAGUCCAGUAACUUCUUAAGGACCUCAGGUUCCCCACCCCUGCAAUAAAACAAGGAUGGGGAACCUGUAGCCCUGCGGAUGUGCUGGACUACUCCCAUCAUCCCUGACCAUUGGCCAUGCUGAUGGGAGCUGGAGUCCAACAUCACCUGGAGGGCCACAGGUUCCCUGCUCCUGGAGUAAAGCAACAUCUGGCUGUGCCACUUCAAACAAUAGGCAGAGGUUACUGUGUCUGUAUGCUUGUCAUGUGAAAACAAAGUUCCCUGCACAUAGAAAAGUAGGUGUCAGGGAGAAGGCAAUGCUAGAACUGCCCUCUUUUACAUCGAGGUUUCUGUGUAGAAAACGUUUUGUUUUUGUUUGGAGGAGCAGUCAGUCAUAUGAGUCUCCAUGUACAGUCUAAAAUGGCGCAGGCCAGGCACAGAUUUACUACCUCACUGACCACUAAGUGAUCAAGCUCAGGUGUUCUGCAGGAAGAAGUCACGUCAGGGAUGAGAUCAUACCUCGCAGCUGAUACAGUGGCUUCUUCACCAUCUUAAUAAAUUUGCAAUUAUAUGCUGAAAAUCAGCAGAAGCCUAGGUCUUUAUCAGUGUGCAUGCUGGGAAAUGCCACAUCCUGCUUCUGGACAUAAGGUCUGCAUGGCUGCUCAACCUGGCUAAUGGGUACGUGCUAAAAGAUGGUUAUGUAGGCUAUUUCAAGCCAUAGUCAGGCAUACUAGUGUCUGCUGCUGAGCCAACUUGUGCUGGAUCCCUGACAUGUAUUUAUUUGUAUAAUUCAUGUUUGAUGAAUUCACACUUUACAAUGCUGGCAUACACUAAGAUAUCUUAGGUAGACAACUAAAAAUGCUAUGUGUGAAGAGGGCCUGCUGGCAGGAAACUAUCAUAAUUGAGCAAACAUGGCAUGUCCUAGUUACCUUUCUGUACUUGGGCAUUGUGGCUGCUGAAUUAACUACUUAAAGUGCUUGCUGAUGUUCAUGGAAAGCACACAGGAAAAGGGUAGCAAAAUACUGUCUGUGGCAAAUAACCCUUUCGUCCAUUUUGCAGGUCUAGUCUGCAGCACAAUAAGCACGCAGAAAGAUCCUAGCAUACCAGCUAAGAGACAUACCAGUCCUGGGAGAGGGACGAAUUGUACUUCUAGGUUGCUAGCCCUUCCUUUUUUUCAGAUAUCUUUCAGUGAGGGGCUAUAGACAUUUGUUCUCAUUUUUCUAAGGUUGUUCUGCUUUGUCUCAUUCUAUUUUUCUCAGAGUGAUGCCAGUCAAACUCUGUAGCUCAAUUUGGAAUUAGCUCGUUCCAGAGCUUUUUCACUAAUCAUUCAGGGGAAAAAACCUCGUUUAUGGCCUGACAGUUCGCUUCUAGCUUUUGAUAGGGCAUACACACUGAUGACGCUGCGCAUGUGUGCUUUAUCAUGCAUGGUCUGGUCAUAAUUCACAGUAAACAAUGGGCAUUUCCAGGGCUUAAUUUGCAAACCAAUAUAUCAAGAGAUAUCAUGAACAGGUUGUUGGUAACAAUUUUUUUUAACUUAAUGGAUUUUCUCUGGAAAAGGUUAAUCUUAAUUAAAUGGAAAAUACAGGCUGGCAUUUUCAUGCCAACAAUAUCAUGUGGACACUGCGAAAAAUUUGCACGCAUGAGGAGCACCAAUCCCACAAUAAACACCAACCUGUUGGUAACAGUAAGUAUUCGGUAUAAAAGAGCUUUUCCAGAGACUUUUAGAAUGCAGCGUCCUGGGGCACCUGGUUUGCUUACUGCACAUCAGGAUCUCAUUGUAUUUUGCAAGCCAGUAAGAACCUUUGGGAGAGAUGCCACUCAAUUUGUAACACCGAGCAUUAUGAUCCGGAUAAGGUGGUAUUUCAAACCAGGUAAUCAUGAAUGUUGGCAACAUCCCUACUUUCUGUAUAUCCAGCAUGGCUUCUAUGAGGCAGCAGAACCAACUCCGUAUUACACAUCGGCACCUUUGCCAAAUAAAUAGGUGAACUGUAAAGAGAGAUUCUAUUUGUCAGGGAAAAGCCAGAGUCCUGCAGAAGUUCUUAAGGACUGCUUGUUUGGGGACAUUAAAUAAAAAAUAAGAAUUGCACAGAACUGAAAUCUGACUCUUCAGAGCUGAGCUGAAGGUGCAAGGAAAAAAACCACAGGGUGAUAUUCAUAGAAUCAUAGAAUAGUAGAGUUGAAAGGGACCUAUAAGGCCAUCAAGUCCAACCCCCUGGAAUUCAACUAACUUUUUGCACUAGCACAAUGGGGUUCCCCUCCUCUCCUUGCCCCCCACACCUUGCACUGACCCAGAUCUGCUCUGGAGGUUGGGGAAAACCCCAGAACAGAUUUAAGGGGUUCAUGGGGAGGGAGGAGAGGAGAAGAUCGCUGCAUUGCAGAAGGAGAAAUGCACUGAGGGAAUCUUAGCUUUAGUACUAUAGUGAAUACAGCCCAGAAUUCUGAGGUGCAAAGGGGGGUUGAAUUUGGUCCUGAAGAACUCACAGAUAGUUGCCAAGGACAAGCAUAGGUCUCUGAGUGAUCUGCACACAGUUAGGCACCAGGCUCAUUAAUCUAAUGAAGUUCAUGUCAAAUCCCUUUUUCUGUCAUAGGCUUUUUUCCUCUCUUGAAGCCAGAGCCUCAUAUACUUGAGCAAUUUUUGUUUUGUGUGUGUGUAUAUACACACACACCACAGCUGUACAUGAUGCCUAAUGUGCCAGAAUAAAAUAAAUUACAAGAGGCGUGAAUCAAUCCACCCUUCCUGCAGACACUGUUCAACAAAGAGUAGUGGCAUAGAACAUAGUGGUUUUUUACUCUGCUUUUUCACAUAUGUGAGGUCACAGGCUGUUGGAGUAGUUAUCUGUAACAUUUUCAGUGACAAUCCCACGAGCAGGCAAAAUCUAAAGCAGGAAGGGGGAACCUUGGCUCUCCAGAUGAUGUUGGACUGAGACUCCCAUCAACCUCAGCCAGCAUGGCCAAUGGCAUGAGAUGAUGGGAAUUGUACUCCGAAAAACAUCUGGAGAGUCACAAGUUAUCUGCCUCUGAACUAGAGGGACAGCAUAGUGCUUGGCAACGUUUCAUUUCACACACAUGCUCACUGGCUCACAUUGUAUUAACAUGACCCAUUACAUUGAAUGUGGCCCUAAGAGUGAGAAUUGGAUAGGCAGCAGUAGCAUGGAUGAAAUUCUGAGUUGUGACUCUUCAGCUUAAUUCUCUGGAAGAGCACAUGUGGACUAUAUUACUGCAGAAGGGGAUUCUCAUGACUGAAUGCUCCUCCUCUCAAAAUACCAGUAAAUGUAAGGGAGAAAGGUUCUAGCCUAGUCUUCUCCCUGACAUACCGGUUCUCUAUCUGCCAGGAUAUCUGUCUGCAGUAGUAUAUUCCUGAAACAGGCUCAUCUCCUCACAUACUGUUUAUGAAGGGCCAUAGCUCAGUGGUAGAGGGUCCAGAAGGUUCCAGGCUUGAUCCCCCGUUUCUCCAGGUUGAGCUGGGAAUGUCUCCCAUCAGAAAUCAUGGAGACUUGCUGCCAGUCAGUGUAGAUGAUACUGAGGGAGAUGGACCAAUGGUCUGAUUUUGUAUAAGACAGCUUCCUGUGUGAGACAGGACUUGAUGCUGCAGUGACCAGAACAUCCGGCGUAAUGCCAUUCUUGACUUGGAUAAACAUUUUACUUGUCAGUGAUUAGAGAUGAAAUCUGCUUCCUGACCAUGUAAACUGCCUCUCUCUAUAGCAAAGAGCACUCCGUCAUGGAGCAAGGACAACACAGAAAACUUUCCAUUGAGCUCACCAACAUCUACAUUCAUAGACUUUAUGAGAGCAAUCAAUAAAAACUUGUCCAGUCUGGUUUACCGUUCUUCUUUUCCCCAUCCCCACCUCAUCCAUCCCAAGACAAAUAUAUUUCCACAAGGUUUCCAGCUAGUAGCUGUGUAAGGCUAUGACAUUUUGCCAGUCAAACCACACAAGACUAAGGCCAUUCUGAGUUAAACUGCCUCUUAAAGUCAUCCAGUCGCUCUGGGAUAUUGCUGCUCCAUAGAGUGAUUAGAGGAUAAUUUUCUCCUUUACCUGCAAAUGUCCUUGCUAGCUCACAACCUUGCAGCCUCCUGCAGAUAUUUGUAGAUUAAUUGCAUGUUGCAGUGAGUCUUAGCCUCUUCACAAAAACACAAAGUCUUUGUGUUUAAUUCUGCAUCAGCCAGAAUCCCUGGGAUGUAGCCUUAGCCUUUCUUUAAAUAUAUUUAGAAUAAUUAAAAUGCUGUCAAUGGAUGGGAACAUGCAGGUUUUAAUACUAGCUAACAUGGGCGUAAAGCCAGUCUCAUCUUUGGUUAAGGUUUGCAUGACAGGCAUAGAGACAGAACGUGCACUCAGAUCGGCACUUUUACAAUGAAGUGUUCCAGCAUAGUGUUUAAAGAGCAACUGAUUUGGAAGGGUGACGAAACAGAAUUGCUCAGCUCCUACAGGGACAUCUACUGGCUAAUGUAUUUACUGGCAUCUACUGGCCAAACUAUUUUUUCUAAAGGCUAUGCUCACAAAUUUUAAAUUAGAUUUUUAAUGACCACAAUCCUGUUCUGGACGGAUGCCACCGCCCUUUAGAGGCAGAUGGCAGUGAUUAUUAAACAUGUUUCUAUGAUGAGACUGGCUUAAGGUCACAGAAGACAUCUCUAGACAAACUAUGAAUUUGCUCCAGAACCCCUGUGACAUCACACAGAGCGCUGGGGCGCACACACUUUACAAAAGGAGUUUGGGCUUGUUAGAAGCCAAAUGCAAGUUCAGUCCUGUACACAGCUUCUGGCAUGGUGGAUGCCCAGCGAAUGGAACAGAUGGGGCAAAGGAAGAGGGAAAUGUAAAGUUUAAUCAUGUUCUGUCAGCUCAUCUAUGCUAUUGGGAAAAUCCAGUUUGCAGGGGAAAAGAAGUGCCUGGGAGGCUUGAGCCUUUAAUCCUUCCCCCACCUGUUGUUGCUUUUCCCUGCAAAUCUGUUUGGCCCCAGAUAAUUUUCUAUCAAAUUACUUGGGGAGAGAAGUCCGUUUUCUACCACGUAUUUAAGAAGUGUCUUCUCUACAUAUCCCUGCACACAACCCAGGGUGCAACUUUGCAGCAGAGAAGUGGUGACUAGUGGUGACCAGGCUUGUGUUUGCCACUGAAAGUGUAGGCUGUUACUGGUUUAGUUCAGAUUCAACGGGAAACUUUUGAACAAGCUGCAAUAAACUUAGGGCUCAUGCACGUCUCCUUUCUCUUAUACACCUGUAAGCUAAUCAUAAACUCACUUCAUUUUUAAGGAAAGUUCUGUGUAAUGUCCAAACUCAAGGAACUAUGGUUUGGUUAUGCUUCAAUUAGUGACCAAACCUGGAUGCAAAGGCACAAUUUGAUCCUAAUUUCUUCUCACUAAUCAUUAACAAACCAGUUUUCCCAGUUCAGACAUCACAGAGAACUAUGGUUUGUUUAAAGUAAGAACUCCCAAUCUACUAAUGUGUGCAAAAGAGACAAAUAUGCAAGCCUGAGGUUCACCAUGGUUUGUUCAUGUAGCAGGAAACUAUGAGUUUUCAUUAUGUCUGAACUGGGUCUGUUUCAACACAUUUAUAAUUAAAGGCUGACACUUACAUAAUGCCUACCAAGAGAAUAAUUUGUGUGCAGCUGGAAUUUCUUCGAAGUCUCUUCAGUUUAGUUUCAACGUAACAUUUAAAUUGAAAACCAGUUUGCCUCUUCAGCAGGGCAAGUGGAAUCUCUACAGGAACAGAAAAGUGGCAAGUGAUGGAAGAUGAUGAGCUAUUAAGAUUGAAAAUUAGCAGAUGAAAAAGUCCUUUGCUGCCCGUGCAGAAAUGUAAUCCCCAUCUAGUGCUAGGCAGUGUUACGAUGAAUAGAGCUGAAGUUAGGAUCUUGUUUUUACAAACCUUGUAAAUGUGGUUAAAAACUAAUUUGCCACUUAAAUUUUAUCACAUGCAAUUGAACUGUGAAUUCCAAGUAGAUUUGUGUCUUAAUACAUAUUGAGCUUCUUGACAAACAGGUGAAUUUCCCCCUAUAAAUCAACUUGCAAAGCAGCAUCUUAUUUUAGAGGUGCUCAAAAUGAAACACAACACCUGGUUAAGUCUAUACCUGAGUCAUGAACAAAACUCAAGAAUUUUAGUCUCUUAGGAUUAUGUCUUGCUCAUGUUGCAUUUGGUUUCAGCAUAGAUCAAAAACUGUGCUUUCUAAUUCCCUCUACAUAUAUAAUCACAUAAAUUGUGUUUUAGCCAAACAGUGCAUGAGAACCACCAGUUUUGAAAACAGGUCUCUGUGACCCUGCCUUAGUGUGCGUAUGGCGUCCUUUUACUCAAAAACAACUUUAUAAGCCUGGAAAAGGGAACGUAGUAAAAUCUCUGUGCUCCCCAUGCAUUUAAAUUCUCUUAAGGAGGUCAGAUUGGGUACCUUGCCUGUUUCACACACACCCUCCCCAAAGCCCUUGUGUGUUUUCCUGGCUCUGCAAACACCUCUCUCAAAUGUAACCUCAUCUGUGCGAUGGUGGAUAUACACAUUCCUGAGGUCCCAGGCCCACUUCCCACUACAGGUAGGGCCUUAUUAUUGGGACAGAUGCUUGAAGCAUCUCUGAGGAUUGCUCACACACAAAGUCCCCAUUCCCCACUUUUUAAAAUAUCUGCUACUUUCUGAACAAUACGAUUUUAAGAAGCAUCUUUAACAUUGCUUGCUGAAAGCCUCAAAUAACCUAUUUCUUACAAAGACAUAUUUAACCAUUCAGUACUUCAACAAACAGAAGUGAAACAAAAACAAACUUGCUGGAAGGUAAAUGCACUUUAAUACCAUAAUUAAUCACUGGUUUCUAACUUGAGAAAACUAUCUAAUAGGUUCCUUAGAAUCCCAAACCAGAAUAUAAAUAAAUAUCACAGAGAGUUUUACAAGACACAAUAUAAUUUCACACAUUGAAUUUAUGCAGCACAAAUGUUAAUUUUCACCCAGUUUAAUAGCUAUAUUGGUCACCAAGCACAUCCUGCCUCCCCAUAGUGCCUGUUUAAGUUUACAAAACAAAGCUAGAUUUAUGAAGUUUUUCUUUCUUUUGCUAACACAGUUAGUACCUUCCUCCAUGGUUAACCUUUGUAGCAUCAAAUGAAGUAAUUCUGCCUUAAAAAAAUGCUGAACAGAAUAUACUUUUCCAUCAAGGGCUAUUCGAGCAAACACAGUACUUGCAAAACAGCAUGCUGCAAUGUCAAAAUACUUUUCUAUUGUGUACAUAACUGUAUAGUUUUGUUUCUAACAAUUAUUUGUGCACAGAUUCCAUUCAAGGUUUACUGUUCAGCUUCUUUUCUUUUCAAUAAGAUGGUUGAUAUAAACACGGCAAAAUAAUAACAAAAAGCAACAUGUAAAGAUGGGGGGCAUGUUUUAUAAAUGCAACUAUAAUUAAAUAAUAACUAUUUUGA